AUGGAGAGCCAGAAAGUACAUAUUCGUCAUGUGAUGCUUUGGGAAUUUAAACAAGGUAAUAGUGCUAAGGUAACAGCAGAAAAAAUAUGCAGAGUGUAUGUUGAAGGAUUAAUAACUGAUCGGGCAGUUAGAAAUUGGUUCGUAAAAUUCCGUUCUGGAGAUAUGACUUUAAAAGACGAACCGAGGGCGAGACGUCCUUCCGACUUCGACGACAACCUUUUAAAGGCAGUAUUGGAGCAAAAUCCACGUCAAUCGACAAGAUGUAUAGCAGAAAGGUUGAAUACAUCGCAAUCAACCGUUAUCCGCCACCUGGGGAAAUUAGGGAAAAUCAGCAAAUUAGGAGUAUGGGUACCUUACAAUCUCAGUGAACAGAAUAAAGAAGAUCUCAUGUCAAUCGCCACAAGUCUACUCUCACGGGUAAAAAUGGAGCCCUUCUUAAACAGGAUUGUAACAGGCGAUGAAAAAUGGGUCACCUACGCAAAAGACAGUGGCUUGAUAAGGAUAAACCACCAAUACCAGAUCCGAAAGCAAACAUCCAUGGAAAAAAAAUCUUAUUGUCUGUAUGGUGGGAUUCUCGAGGAAUAA